ACGGUCCGAUUCCUGCCACUCGAGUUUUAGUCGAGGACCCGGUCUGUUCAUAGCAAUGGACCACAGCGGCAAGAUGCAGCGCUCCCUUGUCGAUACCAGCGGGACUGUUUCAUGGAGUAGUGGUAGCAGCGAAACCAGUGACGAGCGCGCGAUCUACGGGCAGCAACAGGUUCAGUCGCAGCCGUUCGCGACGCCGCCGUGGCCGUCGUUCCAGAGCGAACCGCUCUUCGAUGAUGAGGUGAAGAUUGAAACCUUCGAGAGAAAUAAGCAGCAACUCGACGAAGCGAAGGCAGCGCGAAGACGACAGUACCAUAAGGAGGUGGUGGCACGCUCGCGUCUCCGUCAAAAGGUGAGCGCCGCCGCGAUCCAGCAGCAAGAAUUAGUGUUAGGUAGAAAGCUGCACGAGCUUUUGCGGCAGACCGGACACCCCGUGACACAAAGAUCGGAAUCGACGGUGGUGCCCUGCGAGGACGGAACUUCGAGGGAACAGGAGUUAAUGCACCGAUACGCCGAACAAGUCGCAACACAAGAACGAAUUCUGUUGGAGAACAAGGAGCUGCAUCGGAGGAUAGAAGACCACGCCAAAGUAUACGAUGCAAUAGAGAAAGCCGACGUCUUAACAGACUACGGAGAUUGCGUCAAGGGCGUCGAAAACUUGCAAGUUAACGCGUCCGAACGGUCAACCAGCGGAACCAGCACAUGGAUAUUUUUCGAUGACGACCAAGACCCGAUCUACUAUGUGCCGCUUACGGAGGAAAACUGCAAAGAAGUCGUGCGUACAGUUUUCCAGCGCACGCUCCAUCUGUAUUCAGAGUUCAUGGAGCGGCGUGUGCCGAUCUCCGAGCUGGAAUUCUUCGGCUGGCGCGUAAUGCGGCCUCUAGAAGUAGACCCGAACAUACUGCGCUUCCAGCUCAUCAAGUCCGUGCGUGUCGUGGACGAUUCGAUGGACGACAUUGUAAACCGUACGUGGCAUGCAUUCCACGACCCCAAGAGGUUCGCCUCCAUCUACAGCACACCCGUGACCACCCGCGUCAUUCAAAAGGUGACCGAGGAUAUGACAGUGCUUAUCCAGAAUGCGCCGGUUCAGUCCGGCGAGCAGCGGAGUAUCCGCUACUUUAAUAUCCUCGCACGUGCGCGAGGACUCAACGCGCAGAACGAGCGCGUCGUGGCGCUCCUGAAGACGAUCGUGAGCCCAACUGACUGCCAGGGCGUCGGUGGUAUCACAGCUCAACUCCAUGAGAUUGAGUGGAUGAAGCGGGGCAUCUCGUACUUGUUACUGACCGAGGAACCGACGCAGAGCGAAGCGCGAACUGUUCGACUGCAUUACGGCUGCGACUACGAGUGCGUGAGCGAAGAGCAUGUGCGGUAUCUUAUGGUGGAAGUGCUGGGCAUCGCGUGUCGGUGGGAACAACUGGUGAUGCCGUCGCACCGCCUCACUUUCUAA